GAGGCGACCUGGUAACAUGCCGGGUUCAGCUCGCCAGUUCCGAAGCUAGCUUUCGUAAAUGUAACAAUAGCUAUACAUUUACAGAAGACACAUUUAUUGCACAAGUAUUUCAUUUGAACAAAGUUAGUUUGUUUCCAGGGCUGCUUUUGCCAGAAUGAUCAGUACAAUGGCUACCUAAAGCUGCUAACUAAUUAGCCAGAUAACUGACAUGCUAGGUAGCUAUAGUAUCAAGAAAAUAUUGAUAUAGCUGUUGCUUAAAACAUUUCUCUGGCCGCGCAGCUGCCCAAUCUCUUCAGGGUGGAGAGAACAACGAAUUCACGGUUCUAGAUCGGAAAUUGCGGAAGGAUUUAAGAGAAAAAGAAUCCCCAACGAUGAAGGAAUGCAAAGACUCCACCAGUACCGACUCCGAAAAGGAGAAUAACAUAUCAGUGAUCACUGUCCCUGAAACAACGGAGACCAAACGGCCGUGUGCUUCACAGCUGGGAAGAGAUGUGGUGGUGCUGGACUCGGAUUCGGAUGAUUCUGUAUGUGGCGGGAUAUUGGUGACGAAGCCAAGGGUGUGGAGGCGGAGAGAGGUGGAUCCUGAUGUCUCGGAGGUGAUUGUAUUGUCAGACGAGGAGGAAGAGGAUGAGCCGUCGGGGGAGAAACCGCAGGCGGUGUCCACGCGCAGGGCCAGGAAGCAGAUUUUCGAAAACAGGAACACUUUGGGCGGACCAGUGGCUUCCUGCAUGUCAAACUGUGGCUGUUCAGAGACAACCCUUAAGAGGAAACAGGGCGGGUCCUCUUGUGACUCCCAGGACAGCUGUGCUCAGGCCGUUAAAAAGAGGCGGGAUUCUCUGACUGAUGACUCUGAGGCGGAGGGACCAGAACCUAGCUGGAAAAAUCAAGAAGACAUGGUGAAAAAACUACAGAGGAAAUUUCCCACCCUUGAGAAGGAGGAACUUAGGGAUGUGCUCCAGGAACAUGAUUGGCUCUUUGAAGACACACUGGAGGCACUGCGCAUGUUUACUGAACCAGUUGAUGACUCCAGCUUACCUGAAGAUAGUGCCAAGGAAUCUGAAAGCCCAAAUGACAGUGGACAGCCGACAGCCUCUGAAUUUAUACAUGAUGCAGAGCCAAUUGCAGGCUGCAGGGAUGCCAGCAAAAACAGGAGGGGGAGCAUCCGUGGUGGCAGGAGGACUUCUUGCAAACCGAGGGGACGGAAAGCAGAAACUCCCUCACGCUCCUCCUGCACAGACCCCGAUACGCACAAUGGGGAUGGCAAGCCGACCAGGGUGUCCCAGAGGACGAGGCGACCGCGGGUGAUGGUGGACCGUUACAGCGGGUCGGAACGCGACAGCGCGGUCAGCAGUGACCCCGAGGAACACUCCGAGUACUCUGACUCGGAUAAGGAGGAGAGGGCGGACCAUGGACUAAACGAUCGGAUUCUGGGCUUCUUCCAGGAGGCACUGGUGGAUGAGCUGAUGCUCAUAGUGGGGUGCUCAGCAAAGAAAGCCCAAAAGAUCGUGGAUCUGCGGCCCUUCGGGACUUGGGAAGACCUGGUUCAAGCCCUUCACAAGGGGAAUGGGCUGUCCCUGGAGCUGCUGCGGGGCUGCCGGAGGGUCAUCCGGGAGCGGGACGUCAUCCUGGGCCUGAUGACCCGGUGCGAGGACGCUAGCGAGACGCUGACCAGGGCUGCGACGCAGGUCAUCAAGGGAGGGGAGGGCUCUGCCAUGCAGCCCGAAAUCCUCAACAGCAAGUUUCAGCUGAAGCCGUACCAGCUGGUUGGACUGAACUGGCUUAUUAUGCUGUACCAGAACAACCUGAACGGGAUCCUGGCAGAUGAGAUGGGAUUGGGGAAAACGAUCCAGGCCAUCUCCUUCCUGGCCAGCCUGUAUGAAGACGGCGUUUGCGGCCCCCAUCUUAUCGUUGUGCCCGCCUCUACCCUGGAUAACUGGGUCCGGGAGCUGAAUCUUUGGUGUCCCAGUCUUAAGGUGCUCGUCUAUAAUGGGUCCAUCGAGGAGCGCAAAUCCCUUCGACACAACAUUCUCAACAAUCAAGUGGAGUACAACGUCAUCAUGUCUACGUACAACCUGACAAUCGGGACGGACAGUGACCGCAGUCUGUUUCGGAAACUGGAGCUGAAGUACGCCGUAUUUGACGAGGGCCACAUGCUGAAGAACAUGAACUCGCUGCGCUAUCGCCACCUCAUGGCCAUCAACGCACAGCAUCGAUUGCUCCUCACCGGUACCCCUCUCCAGAACAACCUACUGGAACUCAUGUCCCUCCUCAAUUUCAUCAUGCCAUCCAUGUUCUCCAACAGCACCUCACAGAUCACCAAGAUGUUCUCCAUGAAAUCGUCGGAGGAACAGAACAUCUUUGAGAAGGAGCGGAUCGCCCAGGCCAAGCUCAUAAUGAAACCCUUCAUUCUAAGGCGUGUCAAGAGUGAAGUCCUGAAACAGCUGCCCCAGAAGGAGGAGUCAGUGGAGUUCUGUGCCAUGACUGAGAAACAGGAAAUGUUCUACACCACAUUAUUCCAGAAGCUUAAGGGAACCACCAAUGGAGAGAAGCGGGCGCUCAACAAUGUGAUGAUGCAGCUGAGGAAGAUGGCCAAUCACCCGCUGCUACACCGGCAGUACUACACAUCUGAUAGGCUGGCGACCAUGAGCCAGCUCAUGCUGAAGGAGCCCAGCCACCGUGACGCCAGCCCCGCCCUGAUCCAGGAGGACAUGGAAGUGAUGUCGGACUUUGAGCUUCACCGCCUCUGCCUGCAGUACCCGUCUUUACAGGGCCUGCAGCUGGACCAGGGCGUCCUGCUGGACUCAGGAAAGUUCCAACUGCUCACCAAGCUGUUGGCUUCUCUCAAGGACCAGGGUGACCGGGUGGUGUUGUUUAGCCAGUUCACCAUGGUGCUGGACAUUGUGGAGGUUCUGCUGAAACACCUGGGCCAUUCCUACCUCCGUCUGGAUGGCUCCACACCCAUAGCUGACCGGAUCGUUUUAAUUGACAGUUUCAACACGGAUGCAGAGAUCUUUGUGUUCCUGCUGUCCACGAGGGCUGGAGGCCUGGGCAUCAACCUCACCUCUGCCAAUGUUGUCAUUCUGCACGAUAUCGACUGCAACCCAUAUAAUGACAAGCAAGCUGAGGACCGCUGCCAUCGAGUUGGACAGACCAGGACGGUAAAAGUGAUCAGGCUCAUCAGCAAGGACUCGAUUGAGGACUGCAUGCUGCGUGUUGGGCAGAAAAAGCUGAAACUAGAACAGGAUAUGACCGCUUCUGCAGAAGGUGAGGAGGGUUCGAUGCCUGAAGACAUGGCAACUCUGCUAAGAGCCUCUCUAGGACUGUAAUGGACUCCACACUCCGCCUUUUGAGUUUCAACAGACAGGGUGUGGAACUCCACCUUUGAACCUGAGGUGCAGAGCUCCCAUUGGACUGGCCCAGCAGCCAAUGACAUUGCACCCCUGUCGAUGAAUCCCUGUGUUACAAUUUUUACUGUACAGGAUCAGCUAAAUCCUGUGAAAACUGUGCUGCUUUUACCAAUCAUUAUUAUUUCCUAAUUGGGGACUUUGCACAACAGAAAUAAAUGUUGUUUUUGUUACAUACUGGCUUCUGUAAAACACCACUCUGCCUUAAAUAUUGUCGCUGAAAGUUUUUGUUUUGUGGAGCUGCUGAAGAUUCUGAAGUCUGUGUUCAAAAAAAAGAAAAAGGUUUUUGCCAUUGCUAGUUUCUCUUCAAAUUAUUCAAUGUUUCAGAGCCACAGCUAGGACGUGAAGGAGGGACAGGGAUUUUUUUCCCCCCAGUUCAUUUGGAAACACCGAUUUUUCAUAUCUAAAUGUCUAAAGGAGAGGUAGAGGAUUUGGAUAUGUCAGUAAAGCUUUUUUCAUCUUGACAGCUGAUAGCUGGACAGGAUGUUCAGCAUUAAAUCCAAAUACUUGUGAUGUGAGACAUUUAGGGUCUAAAAAUCCGGAGGAAUCGCAUCAGAGUAAGCUUUUUGUCUUUCCUACGAUUCAUUUUUCCUCAUUUCUCUUGAGGGACAGAGGAAGCAAUCUGCAUGGUCUUUUUUAUAAAACAAUUUUCUUUUUAAUUGUGUAUUUUAUUUUGUCUUUUCAGCUGAGAGAUUUUCCAUUAAAACACUGAGCCUUUUCGCA